UUUAUGCUGUUUAAAGUUACCGUAGCAAAGUGGGAAACAUCAGAUUGGACAGACGAUGGCUAAAGAGGCGAGACCUGCUGCUAGCAUUCUUGAGCUAACGUCGCAGUCCGUUAAGUGUAGCAGCGGCUAUCGUUAGCCAAAAUAUAAACAAGGGUCCAUGAGACUCUUUGGCAUGAUGGGGCUAUUAUGGGAGGUGAUGCACACUCCAUGACAUGUGCAUAACAGUAGGAAUCGUCCACCUUGCAUCUCUUUUCAAACAACACGGUCAACCACUAUCAUGGCCUCAAGUUAUCCAUCCCCCUUUGAGGGUACAGGUGAAGUGAAGGAGGGCUUUCUUUGCCCUCUGUGUCUGAAGGACCUUCAGUCAUUCUACCAACUCCAAGACCACUAUGAAGAAGAGCAUUCUGGGGAAGACCGCCAUGUGAGGGGGCAACUCAAAAGUUUGGUUCAGAAGGCAAAAAAAGCCAAAGACAAGCUUUUGAAACGGGACGGAGAAGACAGACCAGAUACAGGCACUUAUGAGUCCUUCUACUAUGGUGGAGUGGACCCCUACAUGUGGGAGCCUCAAGAACUUGGGGCAACCAGAAAUCAUGUGGAUUUCUUUAAAAAACACCGGGCAGCCAGGAUAGAUCACUAUGUUAUUGAAGUUAACAAGCUUAUCAUCAGACUAGAAAAGUUGAUAUCAUUUGACAGGAUCAAUUCAGAUGCAGCUAAAAUAAGAGCCAUUGAGAAGUCAGUGGUGUCGUGGGUGAAUGACUCGGAUGUCCCAUUCUGUCCUGACUGCGGAAACAAGUUCAACAUCCGGAACAGGCGACACCACUGCCGUCUCUGUGGGUCCAUCAUGUGCAGGAGGUGCAUGGAGUUUGUCCCUUUACCUCUCGCCCAAAAGCUGAUCAGUGGAACAAGAGAAGCUCUGUCUGUAACUGGAAGCCCAGGUCACUCCCAGUCUCCCCCAGCAGUGGGUGGAGGUGGUGGGAUGGGCUCCAGGAGAGGCAGCAUUAGCAGCCUGAGCAGUGUAACCUCCAUGCUGGAGGAGAAGGAUGACGAGAAGAUUCGCUGCUGCCACCACUGUAUGGACACACUGCUGAAGAGACAGCAGAAGUUGGAGGAGAAGGACCGUGUACCGGAUGUAGUAAAACUUUAUGAGAGGCUGAGGAUGUGCAUGGAGAAAGUGGAUGAAAAGGCUCCAGAAUACAUCAGAAUGGCUGAGUCUCUUAAUGCUGGUGAAACCACGUACAACCUUGACACUGCUGGUGGUCUGAGACUGGAAGUACAGAAAUACUACGAACUUAUCGAUGCCCUGAGUAAGAAGAUUUUAACACUAAAUGCAAAAGAUGAUCCACCACCACAUCCAAAGGCCCUCCAGCUGCAAAGGAUGGUUCGCUAUACAGCCACAUUAUUCGUCCAGGAGAAGCUGUUAGGUCUCAUGUCUUUACCCACAAAGGAGAAAUAUGAAGAGCUGAAAGAAAAGAGGAAACAAGAGCAAGAGAAGAGACUCCAACAGGAGAGACUGGCAGCACAGGAGGCCCUGAAGAGGAGGCAGGAGUCUGAGCGACACCGUCCAUCUCCAAACCUAAAUGGAGAACUGCCACAGGCCCCCAGAGCUCCACGCAUGACAAAAGCUGGUGGUUGGCUGCCCUCGGCAGACUCUGCCCAUGCACGCACAGAGCUGGAGGAUCCCCUCCUACAGCAGAUUGAGAACAUUCAGUCAUUUCUUCGUCAGGCCCGGGAGGCCCAGAGGGCAGACGAGGUAGCCAUGUUGGAGGAGAACUUGCGUCAGCUGCAGGAUGAGUACGACCAGCAGCAGACCAGCCUGGCCAUCACACUCUCCCAGAAGCUUGCUCAAGAGGAGAGCCUGCAGCAAAGCGAGCUCCAGCGUCUUGAAGCCCGAGAAAGGGAGGAGAGGGAGCACUGGGGCCCAGCUGUAGGCUCAACCCAGCCCUCAACCUGGGAGAGGUCUCUGGAUAUCAGUCCAGCAGGCAGCUUCCAAGAAGAUAAAGACACUGCAGAGGAGCUGACUCCUAAAGCUGAGAGGAGUCCAUCAUCUCUCAGAGCAUUCCCUGCACUCACAAGCCAGGAAGAGUCACCUCCCCGGUUGAGAAGCUUGGGUGGGCGUGUAACCCCCCCUGGUGGCGAAGGACAGAACAGCACAUCCCUUAACCCUUUUGAUGAAGAGGACAGCACACCCGUUGAAGAGGAUCCAUCCAACCCUUUCUUUGAGGACAUCAAGAAGGAGAACCAAGAGGAAACCAAUGGGAAGAAAGAAUAUAAUCCAUUUGAUGAGGAUGAAGAUGUAGAAGAGGAUAAACAGGGUAACGCCAUACCUGGCAACCCAUUUGAAGAGGAGGAGGAUACUGAUGCAGGUAAUCCUUUCCUGGAGGCCUCUGGUGAUUCCCCAGAAGUCUCAACCAACCCAUUUGACGGGGAUGAUGACGAGGUUUUGCCCGAUGUGGACAUGAUAGAGGAGGAACUGCUGCUACAGCAGAUUGACAACAUUAGAGCGUACAUUUUCGACGCCAAGCUCAGCGGCCGUCUGGAUGAGGUCGAACUGCUGUCAGAGAACCUGAGAGAGCUUCUGCACACCCUACAAGAACAGAAGAGAAAAAAGCACUGACACCUAUCCAUCAUGGUCCUCCCAAAUCCCCAGCUACUUACAAGUCCUGCCUGACUUUCUCACUUGACUGAUGAGCCCACCAAUUCUAGUGUGGGCGAGGUCUGCAGCACCACAGAAAGAUUAGGUUAUUCCCACAAUGUAAUAUAUUUUGGAGUUUAGUAGUCUGGAAUGACUCUUAAUUCAUUUCCAUUAAAAAAAAAAACAUCUUGAUAAACUACUUAUUCUGAAAGGAACUGCAAAGCGCCGGUACAGAUUCCAGCAUGCACAAAGUAAAAGCACCGUGAGAGAAAAUCUAUUUGUACUGAACAGGCAUGUUGCCGAAUGCAUUUACUCUGAAUUUGUGCAAAAGUGAACAAUGGGAGAAAGAUCACUGUCAUUGAAAAAUAGUUUUUAUGGGACAGUCAGAUGUUUUUACAAGUUUAGCUCUGGCCUAUUGGAAGUCAGGAUAAAUAAUUUGGAUCUCUGGCAGAAACUAUAAAAAAGUCAUAGAAGCAGAGGUAAAACAAAUUGAAGCCAUGAAGUAAAUGUUGCACAUUUCUUUAUCCAUGUUUCAUGAAAACUAUUUCUAGCAAGAUUUUCCUCUUUUUUUUUUUAAUCUAGCAGAGUUUAAUGUGCUUAGCCCAUGUACAUUGCACUUUUAUAAACCGCAGGACUUGCAGAUCCAAACAAGGCAGCAAAAUCAGAAAUGAUCUGCCUUUCAGCCUACGUUCUUCCUUGUCAAAUCGUGGUGUUUUCAUAAUCCAUAAAGCAGAUGGAUGAAAGAUUGAUCACGAGGCGGGAUAUAUCUUGCUGACAUCCAAUUAUGCCGACUAAACAACAGGACCUUUAUGUACUACAUUUUAAACUUGCAGUCUUCACAGAAGCAGAAGCCAGCUCUAGUGGCAUCUUGCUUAGCAAUGUGGAAUGUAAAAUCCAUGGUUCCCUUUCCUUUCACUGAUAGUGAAAUAAAAGUGUUGUGACUUUAUUUGUGAAAAACACAGGGUUUCACUCUUUAUCAGAGACGACCACCAUCUGAUAAAUAAAUUAGAUAGUAAAGAGAGUAAACAUGUACGCCCAUAUGUGGUGGUCUUCUGUUAAAAUGAACUGAUCAUUAUUUUUUGCUGCACAGGUGUGUAUGGUGGGACAGAGAAGGGAAAUCAAAAGUAUAUUACAGGAAAAUCUUGCAGUCUUUCAUAAUACCAUUUAAAACAAAUAACACAUACAAAUAACACUAUUAACAGCAACUGAACAGGUAUCUCUGUAAGUAAUUUUGUUUUCUCAGAAUGAGCUUAACCAAUCUCUGUCCACCUGCAUGGUUUAGAUCAAAGUCUAAAUUUAACCUUAUCCGGUUGAUUAGUCUAUUUUUGUGAAUCUUUUCUUUGUUGUAUUGGCAUGGCUGCCCUUUUUACUAACUAAUGAUGCUAGAGUAUGCCAAGUUCACAACAUUCUCCAUGCGCUACUGUGAAGCCCCUAAACGUUGUGAUCUUAGUGUUUACAGUGGCACUACUGAAGCAACAGAGCACUGGUGUUGCAUGCUUCAUGUGUCUGUAUUUUAAGUGCUGUUUGCUGCUGGUCUUCCAAUAGAACAAGCGGCCCUGUGUUUCCUCCCGCUUUCUUUUUUUAUGCAUUUUGGUGAAUACAUUAGCACUUGUUUAAGGCUGUUGGAAAAGAUCUGUAUGUUUCUGAAGUCUGUUUUAAGUUAAAUGUAAGUUCAUCCACCCUACAGUCACCAUGGACUUAAUACUAUUUGCCAAGACACACUGUUUGCAAAAAAUACACCACUAAAAUUCCUGUGUUCAAGUAUUUGUUCCUAACUUUGUUAAGAUCAGCUUACUACAUAGGUCACAGCAACAUUCAAGUCUUUCUUUGUCAUAAAUUAACACUACAUUCAUAAAUGCCAGCAAGUAUUAUCACUAACAGUGCUGCUAAGUCCAGACAUGAAUUUAUCAUAGUGCUUUCCUUUAAUUUGGAAUGUCUGUAUUUCUCUUCAAUGAUGUUAAGUGUUUUGUGAUGUCUAUUGAUCUUAAAGUGCUUAUCUUUGACAUCCACAUCUAAUUUUAAACAAAACAUGUCACACUGUAAAUGUUUUCACAUUUUCAAAUUACCUGAAGAGCUUCUUAAUGUCUACUAGCAGUUGAUUUUAGCCAAAAACACUGAUGCAGGUUAAAUAAUGGCAAAACGAGAAAUUUGACAGAUAAUUUUAUUAACAUCAUCUCUGCACCAAUAAAAAAAUG